AGGGGGUUUUCUUUAUUCCCCACUUCUGCUGUGCCUGACAGCCUGCAGUGAUCCCCGAAUGUGGCGUUCUCCUUGACCGUUGUGGCAGCCACCAGGCUUCCCAUUCGCAGUCAUGCUGUAACGAUGGAGUCAAAGUAUAGCCAAAGCGGACAAGCUGCCGCAAAUAGACUCUGCUAUAUCCACAGAGGUGCAUGGGGACCUGUUAGAGUUCCACUUUCUCCACGGUAUUUGAUGGUUGACCAGGCGUUAGCUUGCGCCACCAGCUGGGAAUGCCCCAUACCUGGAUGCAGGACCCAUCUAGGUCAUGCACUGACUUUGGGCCUGUAUAUCGUGUCAGCCGCGCAGUGCGCGGUAGACCCCCAUUACUCAUGGCUGCAUCAGGAGAGAGGGCGUCGGGUCGUUCACGAAAGGUGGGGUCGGAAGUGCAGCAUGCAGCCGCGGCAGGCGAAGGGAUCGAGGCCUUGUCGAUCGACGAACUUGGGUUCACAAGUGCCGCCAACCGCCGAAAGGCUUUCGAUUCUCCGUCUGCCUCUUAACAUCUCUUGCUGCGCCCUUGUCCGCCUGCAUUUCAUCAAAGGAUGGGGAUGUCCGCGAUUGUUUCAUCGGCUACCGCGCAGCCUAUGUCUCGCCGCCGCUGCCGCCGACUAUCAUGCUUUUCGUUUCAUGACCUCAACUGCUGUUGAAUGUUCCACAACGUCAUGACAUAAUCGGCUGUACAGCAUGCAGGGACGAUACGAUGCGCUCGGAUUCGGGGAAUCGAUGAGGGUCUCCUACACUUGGGAGAUAGUGAGUGCUGACCCUAGAUCAAGCGGUUUCAGCGACCUCAUUCGCUCUGGUAUUCGAUCUGCUCGCUAUCUGAUGAGAUGCGUAGUAGGAAGAGCUCAGGACUGAAGCCAUUCUGCCUCCUGAAUGUGCACUGGUGUGUACUCUGUGCCGUGCACCUUUUCCAGUAACAUCGCGCAAUGACCUGCAUACAACUCCCUGAAUGUCACCGAAAUGGGCCCUACAAGCGCUGCAACCUCCAACGACUGGCUUCUCGCGGAAACUUAAUCUUGACUGACGCGGCGGCCCGACGGAAUCCU